AUGUUGGCAGAGGUUGUGGCUGCCACACGGGAGAUGGAGAAGCGGUUGCCAAGCUUGAGAGAGGCCCUCCUGUUUUGGCGUGCUUUUGCAGCAGACUGCCAGCGUUUGGGCGUUGGACAUGACGACGAUUACGCAGCAGUCGAUCGCGAGCAGGAGCCUUCGGAUCCUGCAUCCAAAAGAGAAGAGAAGAUUGCGCGGUACAAGCGUUGUAAAGAGCUGGAUCAGAAAGUGUCAUAUUUGUUCGGCCAGAAACGUGAAGACCUGGGUGAUGAGUAUCUGUGGGGUGCUGGCAGCUCCUUCGAUGAAGACAUGGAGCGUGAGCUCAUUUUGAUGCUGCUGCGUCGGGCGGUGGCCUCCGUUCCUGAGAAUGUGGCCUCGGCUCAACAAGAGAUGCCGCUGCUUGAGAUGAUGAUAGCGCGUGGUGGCCCUGGCGCGGCCCCAGAACCCUCGCGGGCGCCGCGAGAGAAGCCUCACAUGGUUCGGAUCCAGGACAGGGCCGAGCUGCAAAGGUUGUACAAAGAGAUGGUUUUCAGAUGUCCCCAUCCACUGGCUACCAUGUCCAUCGAGGAAGCUGCAGAUCUGGAGAUUGAAGAGAUGCGAGACCGUGAGGCGGCCCAGGCGCUACGCGCCGCCGAGGCGCGGGCCCUGGAGGCCGAGCGAUGGUCGGGGGAGCCCAGCGAGCGACGGUGGGAUGGUGAUCGUUAUGGUGCUCAAGAGGAAUGGGAAGACGAGCAGAAGUUGUACAAAGAUCGUGACUUCGAUGCCUUCAAAGAUGAACAUCCCUGGGGCUCUGGGAACAAGAUGGCCAACGCCUACCUGGGCCUGGCUCAGGGCACAUGCGACUUUGAGCAUGUGGAGGCUAGCACCUUGACCUCCGAGGAGUUUCGACGUCGCUUCCGCACGGGUCCAUCCAGCCCUGGGACGCCCGUAGUGCUCACAGGCCUAAGCUUGGGCCAUGGUCUGGACAAAGCCUGGGAUCCAAGAGAACAGGUGAAGCACGGGAAAGGUGGAGACGAGCGCCAGCGGAGGUUGUCGUCCGCCUUGGCGGCGGCCCGUGAACGAGGCGGCAGCCCUUUCGGCGAGGGCUGGGACCCUGAAGUGCUCCAGGCCUCCUUUGGCACCUCCUUGGUCCAGUCGCAGCAAGUGGUGGUCUACCGGUAUGGCAGCGGAGCCUCGAGGCCGAUGCAGACGGGCUUAGAGAAGCCGGUGGCUUUGAGCUCCUUGUUGGGCCUGCGGGACUCCACGCUCUUCUUGCUGAAGCCCUCACAUGCUGCUGCACAAGCCUGGGGGGAAGCUCUGGAGCUCCCCGAGUACUUGCGGCCGAUUCAGCUCACAGGCCCCACAGUGAGCCUGGGCAGUGCCAACGCCUCCUCGCCACCACAUCAACAUCCAGAGAACUGGUUCGCCCAGCUGACCGGUGGCAAAGCGUGGGUGGUCGCUCCUCCAGAUGCCAAGGUCUUGGGAGUGCUUAGCUGCAGCUAG